GUUGUUGUUCUGCAUGGCGGGAGGGACGAUUCCAGCACGCUGAGUAUGAGUGUUCGGUGCAUCCCCAACACCAAUGUUCCGAGGUCCCGGAUGUGGUUCAUUCUGUUGUUCCAUAGUAACUGGUGCGGGAUGAUCAGUGAGUUGACGAGCUUGUCGGGGUCGUUGCAACCGAUUGAUUUCGUCGAUCACAGGAAGGAGAUUCUGAUGCCCUCUUGAUCUGGUGUGCAUGCAAGGUUGCAAUCAACAGGUACCUGAGAUGCAAAACAAACAAGCAGAAAACCAAAGCAAGUCAAUACUCGGAAUGAUAAGUGUAACGGAACUUAAUCUUGCAAAACUUGAAAUCUUAAAUUUAGCAAAACGAAUCCCAAAUGGCAACGGCGCCAAAUUGAUACUAGGAUUUUUGUGUGUCCUGAAGGAGCUCGAUCGUAAGUUCCUCAGCCAUUUCCUGAAGGAGCUCGAUCGUAAGUUGAUCAACGUUUUUAAAGACAUGAAGAUCGAGAAAAGUCAGUCCGUCAGCCCUGUGCUUAAACAGGCGAUAAAGGACUCGAGGAUCGCUGUGGUUGUGUUAUCUCAAAAAUAAGCAUCUUCUAGUUGGUGCCUAAACGAGUUGUUGGAGAUCAUGAGUUGCAAAUAAGAGUUUGGCCAACUUGUGAUACCGGUUUUCUACGAUUUAGAUCUUUCCCAUGUCUGGAAACAAACCGGAGAUUUUGGAAAGAUCUUUGAAGAGACAUGCCACAACAAAAGAGAGGAUGAUAUAGUAUUAUGGCGGAAAGAGUUGACCGAUGUCGGAUUUCAUUCUCAGAACUGGCCUAACGAAGCAAAAAUGAUAAAAGCAAUUGCCAAUGAUAUCUUGGCUAAACUAAACUUAGCUCCAUCGAAGGAUUUUGAGGACUUUGUCGGAAUGGAAGAUCAUAUUGCAAAUAUGAGUGUAUUAUUGCAUUUGGAAUCUGACGAAGUGAGGAUGGUUGGGAUAUGGGGCACCUCAGGAAGUGACAAAACUUCCAUUGCAAGAGUUUUAUACAACCAACUUUCUCGUCAGUCCCAAGGUAGAAUUUUCAUAGACAGAGCUUUUGUAUCUAAGAGCCUGGAAAUUUAUAAAAGUGCCAACCCGGAAGACUAUAACAUGAAGUUGCAUUUGUUAAGAAAUUUCUUGUCUGAAAUUUUAGACAAAAAAGAUAUAAGGAUAAGUUGUUUAGGGGCAGUGGAAGAGAGGCUAAAACACCAAAAAGUUCUUAUAUUUAUUGAUGAUUUGGACGAUCAAGUGGUGCUAGAUACUUUGGUCGGUCAAACUCAAUGGUUUGGAAGUGGGAGUUGUUGGAUAAACUUCAAAGACUUAAGGCCCAAGAUAUCCUUACAAGGGAGAUAUAAGGACUAGAGGGGCUUAGCACAGUCCUACUAGAAUUAGGAGUUAUCUAGUUCUAAUAAAAAUAAGAAAUAAAAGCACUAUAUAUAUCAAUUGUUGAGUUGUGACAUUGAUAUGAGAAAGUGUGCUUCAUUGUUUAGUUUUUGAGUUAUAUUUCUAAGCAAUAAUAAGAGAGUUAUUCUUAUAAAAGCAAGUCUUUCAUCUUAUAUUUGGUAUUAGAGCUCUAGAUUUAAUCGAUCAAAGUUGUGAUUCGAUUACAGAGCAGGUUUUGGUAAAGGUUAUCGAACCACAACGAUGGGAGAACUCAUAGCUUCGCAACGUCCAAAGGAGUUGGACAAAGUUAUCUCCAUUCAGUGCCCUCUCGUUACUUCUACAAAUUACACAGUGUGGUCCAUGAGGAUGAGGAUCAUGCUACGAAUCCAUAAAGUUUGGGAAACAAUUGAACCAUGGUCGAAUGAUCCUGAAAAGAAUGAUAUCGCUACAGCUUUAUUAUUUCAAUCGAUUCUUGAAGCGCUUACCCUGCAGGUUGGUAACUUGAGUACAUCAAAGGCGAUUUGGAACUCAAUACAGUCUAGGAACCUUGGAGCAGAACGAGUCAAGGAGGCACGUUUACAGACACUUAUGUCAGAGUUUGAGAAGAUCCGCAUGACAGAAGCAGACAAGGUCGACAAUUUUGCAGGAAAAUUGUCCGAAAUAGCAACCAAAGCAGCAUCGCUUGGAGAAACAAUAAAGAGCCUAAGCUUGUGAAGAAAUUCCUAAACUGUCUACCUAGAAACAAGUUUAUUCACAUGGUAGCUUCUCUUGAACAAGUACUCGACCUCAACACCACCAGCUUCGAAGACAUAGUGGGAAGGCUAAAAGUUUUUGAAGAAAGAAUUGCAUGUGAAGUAUCUCAUGAAGAUAAUCAAACCAAACUUAUGUUCUCUAACUCCGAUCAACAUCAAUCAAGCUAUAACACUGGAAAUAAUAGCUGUCGAGGUAGAGGACGUGGUAGAGGGAGAGGCUAUGGAGGAAGAGGUUACCGAGGAAGAGGAAGAGGAAGGAACAACUCGCAGUUUAACAAUCAAUUCAACACACAAGACCGAUCUAACACUGACCAAAACCAAUCUCAAGAUAAAAAGGAGAAGGUCAUCGUUUGUUUCCGCUGUGACAAACCUGGUCACUACGCCUCACACUGCCCUGAGAGAGCUCAGAAAUUUCAAGAAGCAAACAAAGUAGAAACAUUGGAAACAAAGGAAGCUGAUAAAACUCUGUUCAUGCACGAAAUUGUCUUUUUGAAUGAAGACAGGGUCAUACCAACAAACUAUACCAAGGAGGAUGGAAUGUGGUAUUUAGACAAUGGAGCUAGUAAUCACAUGACAGGUCAUAAGGAUUACUUCUCUGAGCUUAAUGAAAACAUUGGAGGCAAAGUGAAGUUUGGAGAUGGGUCUUGUGUGGAAAUAAAAGGAAAAGGUUCAAUAAUUUUUCAGAGUAAGGGUGAGGAACAGGUUUUGGUUACUGAUAUCUACUAUAUUCCUGACCUCAAGAGAAAUAUCUUAAGCCAGGGAUAGGCUACAGAGGUCGGCUGCGACGUUCAUAUGAGGCAAAACUGGUUAACAGUUCAUGAUCCGAGUGACAGGCUGUUGGUGAGGGUUAUGAGAUCGACAAACAGGCCGUAUAAAAUUAGUCUCAAAGUUGGAAGACAAGUUUGUGUACACACACGUAUCGAGGAUGAUACCUGGAAGUUGCAUGCUAGGCUGGCCACAUAAACUUCAGAACAAUUAGAGCUAUGUUUCAACAGAAAUGGUUCAUGGUAUGUCAGAGGUUAAAGAUGAGAAGAAGCUGUGUGAAUCGUGUCUCGUUGGGAAGCAAAAAAGACAGUCAUUCCCAAAAGCUACAAUGUAUCGAGCCUCCAAGCCAUUAAAGCUUCUUCACGCUGAUCUAUGCGGUCCUAUAACACCUUCAACACUAGCACAUAACAGAUAUAUAUUUGUUAUUGAGAUGUUCUGUAGAGAUGCUUUUAGGCAAAACUUUCCACCCGACGGUUUGAUGAAGCUUGCUUCUGAAGUUGCAUUAUGUGCCGGUAAUCUUCCUUUAGGUCUUAAGGUUUUGGGCUCGUAUUUAAGGGGUAGAGACAAAGAGGAUUUAAUGGAUAUGUUGCCGAGGCUUCGAAAUGGUUUGGAUGGAAAAGUUGAGAAGACACUAAGAGUCAGCUAUGAUGGAUUAAAUGAUAAAAAAGAUAAAGCAAUAUUUCGUCAUGUUGCAUGUCUUUUCAAUGGUGAAAAAGUCAAUAACAUCAAGUUGUUACUAGCACACAGCGGCGUGGAUGUUAAUAUCGGGUUGAAAAACCUCGUUGAGAUGCACUAUUUGCUACAAGAAAUGGGUAAGGAGAUCGUGCGCGCACAGUCUAAUGAACCUGGAGAAAGGGAAUUCCUUAUGGACUCAAAGGAUAUAUGUGAUUUACUAGAAGAUAACACUGGUACCAAAAAGAUAAUAGGUAUAUCAUUGGAUAUGGAUGAGAUUGAUGAACUGCGUAUACAUGAGAGUGCUUUCAAAGAGAUGCAUAAUCUUCUUUUUCUAGAAAUUUACACUAAGGAGUGGUACCAACAAAGGUUAACAACAAGAAAAUGGGACCAAAAGAAAGGGGUGAGAUGGCACUUACCAGAAGGCUUUGACUAUUUACCCCAUAAACUUAGAUUAUUGAGGUUGGACGAUUAUCCAAGGAGGUGUAUGCCUUCUAAUUUUUGUCCUCAAAAUCUCGUUAAGCUCCAAAUGCAAGGGAGCAAACUCGAGAGGCUAUGGGAAGGAGUUUAUACACUUGGAGGGCUGAAGAAAAUAGAUUUGAAAAGAUCUAUACAUUUGAAAGAAAUUUCAGAUCUUUCAAUGGCCACAAUCUUGAGACACUUGAUCUUAGUGAUUGCUCAAGUUUGGUGGAACUUCCUUCUUCUAUUCAAUAUCUUAAUAAGCUGGAGCAGACGAGCAGUUAAACCUGUCAGGAUGAAGUAAUCUGGGGACUCUUCCCAAUGGAAUCAAUCUCCAAUCUCUUUAUAGGCUUGACCUCCAAGGAUGCUCACGGUUGAAUAUUUUUCCUGAUAUCUCAACCAACAUCUCAGUGCUCCUUAUCAAGAAUACAUGUAUUGAAGAAAUUACCUCUCAUUUGUGUCUAAUGAAUCUUACUAUUCUUAAAAUCAUGAGUGAGAACUUUUGGAAAACAGUGCAGGUGUGAAUUUAAUCUUA